UCUGCCCGGUUUGGGAUUUGCUGGUCGGUGACAUGCCUCCCUCCGCCUGGCUCCUUAUAGCCCCCGGGGGAGGCAGGAAUCCCGGACGAGUGGUACGGACAUCGCCGACGGAGACCGCAAACACGGAGCGGAGCGUUCCCCUUUAAACACGGUCUCAUGACUGCAGGCUGCAGGAGGACUGAACCGGAGACUGACAGCUGAGCAGCUGAGGGGCGACUCAGGGACAAGAAGCCGGGACCAAGGGACUGGAGACAGGAACAGAGCUGCACCCCCUGCAAAAAGGCUGAAUGGUUGGUGACAGCCGCAGACAACAGCUGGAGUUAAACGGAUACUACCUCACCUGUGCGCAGGAUUUUGUCAUUUGGGCCAUCUGUUGCACCCUGUGGACGCUUCCUCUCCUGCAGCACUGAGGACAUGUGUCGUCUGCCCUUCGCGGCUUCACUCCUCGUUUGCUUCUGGCUGGUGGAGAGAAGCCACUGCAAUGGCAGCCUCCAGGACGGCAUGAGAGAGCUGCACAGCAGGUUCGCCGUCGGCCUCUACCGGACGCUCACCGGGACGGAGAACGACUCCAAUCUGAUCGUGUCACCGGUGAGCGUCUCUUUGUCUCUGGCGCUGCUGCAGCUCGGUGCCAGGGGCAACACGCUGGCUCAGCUGGAAGGAACUCUGGGAUAUAAUGUGAACGACGCCCAGGUACAAGACUUCCUGUUGCACUCGCACGGCGACAUUAGCAACACCAGCCAGGCUACGUGGCUGCAGCAGACCUGCACGUUGUUCAUCCAGAGCGGCGUCCGGCUCCUGACUGAGUUCACGCAGCACGCAGCGGCCUGGGCCAACACCAGCGUGGUCCGAGCCAACUUCAGCCAACUCAGUCACGGUCGCAGCCAAGCGGAGCGAGCGGGACACAGCCACGAUGAGUCGUGGCCCCUCCAGGCGGGAAGCAGCAGCGGGGAGCUGUCGGGCUCAGGCGAGGCCCAGGCGGAGGCCGUGUGGUGGGGGCACAGGCUGCAGGUGGCCCUGGUGAACACGGUGGCCUUCAGGGGCGUCUGGCAGAAACAGUUUCUGUUCACCAACACCCAGAACCUGCCCUUCAUGCUUUCUGAUGGCAGCGUCAUCAAGGUGCCCAUGAUGUAUCAGGCGUCAGAGGUCAGCUUCGGUCAGUUCAGGACGGCGUCGGACCAGCGCUACACUGUGCUGGAGCUGCCGUACCUGGGCCGCUUCCUGAGCCUCCAGGUGGUCCUGCCCAGCGAGAAGAAGACGCCACUGUCCACCCUGGAGUCUCAGCUCACCGCGCGCCAGCUGGCCUCCUGGGACACGGGCCUGCGCAGGACCAAGAUGGACAUUUUCCUACCCAGAUUCAGGAUGCAGAACAAGUUCAACCUGAGGUCAGUGCUUCCUGCUAUGGGCAUCAGUGACGCCUUUAACCCGACAGCAGCCGACUUCACUGGGAUAUCAGUGGAGGAGGGUCUUUAUGUGUCCGACGCUUUCCACGAAGUGAGGAUGGAAGUCACAGAGGACGGGACCAAGGCCGCCGCUGCUACAGCUAUGGUGCUACUGAAACGAUCCCGUGCUCCUGUUUUCAAGGCAGACCGGCCGUUCUUAUUUCUCCUGCGACAGAUCAACACAGGAUCCAUCUUGUUCAUGGGCCGAGUCGUGAACCCAUCAGACCAAACCCCCUGAGGCUCUUACAUCCAUCCACACACACACACACACACACACACAAAAACAACUUUUUCAUUUCACUACUGGUAUUUAUUUGUGGACCAAAAGGAGGGUCCACGGACAUUUCUGGAAGAGGGACAUUAUUAUUUUUCUUUUUUUUUUGUUGUUGUACAUAUGUAAAUAAAAUUUUAAUACGUUUUUACA